UGCGCUUUAAGAAGCUCGUACAUUUGAGAACAAGUUCAGUUGUAGUGUGUAUGUAGCAAAGUGACAAUGGCGAGCUCAGUAGCUUCUAGUCCCUAUUCAAUUGCAUCGUUGAUAGCCUCAGAUCCAGUAAAACCGAAAAUGGGGUCUUCUAUCAGCCCAAUGGCAAUGGAACAGGCGUCCUCUUCAGAGCCAGAUGUGGAGCAUUCUAGCGGCCAAGCAGUUUUGGAAAACGAAGGCAAAUCCCAACCGAAAUCUACCAGUAGAUGUUCAUGUUUUGCAUGCACACAGCCUUCAGCAUUCUCGCCUUUUAAAAACGCCUUUGGUCCUGGGAGCGAAGUGAACCCUUUUUCAUCCAUUCCAAGUGUGAGGUCAUUUGCGGAUUACGUUUACAUUCCCACAAAAGGUUGGUAGAAACAAUAACCGUUGCUUUGCGUUUGUAAGAUUACUUCAAUGGCGCAAUCGUUGAGCUGCGUCGUUCGCAAUUCAUCUUUAGGUCUCUAAGGAUGAUUAGCACACACCACUUACUAACUUAUAUACUACAAUUUAAUUUCCUUAAGUUUACAAAAAUUAUCUAUAAAAUAUAUCAGUUGAUUAUAUUGUAAUAUUAAACUCUGUUGUCGGAAAAGACAAGCCGUCAUUUUCAGACCGUGUUCAGAACAAGAAAUCUUCGUGCUCAUCGUUUACAAAUACUGAAAUCCAAAAUCAUGCAGAAAUUUCUAACUGAGUCCCUUACACGGCAAUCCUAUGCUUGGUUUCUGGCCGUCAGGGGACGAUCGAGUGCCGAGAACCCUAAUUACGAGUAACGGCUGGAAAUCGAGCCUGUAGGCAAUCCCCAUGCAAAAUCAUUCAAACUCAUGAAGAUCUCUUUCAAACGGCGGCAAAUUAAUCGAAAAAUAUCAGUCAAAUAAAUAUUGAAAACCAAGAAUUUGAUUAAAAUCCCGAAAAUUUUCAUAUACAUUUGAGAUUAAUACACCUAUCGAAUCAUAUCUCGAAUUAGAAUAUAAACUCGCACGGUCUGUGCCAGCGCGGGUAUAGUGAGAAUAACGCCAGAUCGAUGCGGAUUGAGAGGGAUCCAACAUCUGAAAAAUUAUCAAAAAUACAAGCCAAACUUCAACGUUUUAAGCGAAGGCUCUUCGUGGGGAAGUUACUGCUACUUAGUAAGUACUACUAACCACUACUUAGGGGCGGACCAUUAGAAAAGUGAAGGGGGGAGGGGAAGCAAAAAUAAAAAUCGAGCAGGCAAAACAGAAAGAAAAAUUCGUGCACCAAAAAAGAUUGGAAAAAAAAUUCGUGCAAGGGAUUAUAUUUAAAAAGAUUAUCGACACAAGCACACAAUUUAAAACAAUAUUCGUACAAGUUGAAAAAGUCCCCCCCCCCCAUCACUUUUCUAAUAGUCCGCCCCUUACUACCAACCACUACUUGCUACUAACCACUAUACUUACUUACUACUACUUACUACUUACUUUUAACUUCCGCACGAACGGCCUUCGCUCGAAACGUCGAAGUUUUGCUUGUAUUUUUCAGGUAAUUGAAUCCUCAGCUUUCCCAUAUUUCGACUGAUAUACUAUUUUUUCCUUGAUUUCCUACCUCAUGCACAGUUUCGUCGGCAAAGAAAAAGAAGAAGGAGAGCAAAACUCGACGUCAACGAACAACUUUCACAAGUGAACAAACAUUGAAGCUCGAGCUGGAAUUUCAUCAGAAUGAAUACAUCACGCGUUCGAGAAGAUUUGAACUUGCUGCUUCGCUCAAGCUCACGGAAACACAGGUAUGAAAGAUGAAAGUACUAUAAAGAGGAUGGACGAGAAGCAGAUUUUCAAAAUGGCGGCUAUAUUUUUCGUGAUCGUUAAAACGCAAAAGAAUCAACAACCAGGCAGUUCUAACAUUCUUAAACCUUACCUUAAUAAACGCAACCCUGAAUCUAACCCUUAUAGGCGUGGAAGAGGGGGUGCGCUGAAAGGCUGCAGCCUAAGCGGCCAAAUGAUUAACGAAAAGAGCGGUUUAUUUAUCUUGCAGUAAAUGUACAAGACUACUAGUAUAUAUAUAUAUAUAUAUAUAUAUAUAUAUAUAUAUAUAUAUAUAUAUAUAUAUAUAUAUAUAUAUAUAUAUAUAUAUAUAUAUAUAUACGAGUAGGUUUGUGAUAUAUAGACGAGUAGGUUUGUGUAUACGAAACGCAAAGAGUGCUCAAUAUCAUAAAGAUAGAGCAAAUGUAGAAUUUCGCUUACCUCAAAAUUCCGCAACAGUCUGUUUCAUCAGUAAUAUAUAUAUAUAUAUAUAUAUAUAUAUAUAUAUAUAUAUAUAUAUAUAUAUAUAUAUAUAUAUAUAUAUAUAUAUAUAUAUAUAUAUAUAAAAUCAGUAACAUCAUUUCCUCACUCUGAUAACUGGCAGUUGACCAAAAUCUGUCUCACGAUAGACGGACAGUACUUAGUGAAACAUACCUAUAUUCAAUAACGAAAUAGCCUGCCAAGCUCGACGCUAUUAAGAUGGAGGUGUGCUGAAAUUAAAACUGAGGAUGCCGGCCUUGACUACUGCUACCAGAAUGCUUUGCGAGUUUCGUUAUUUUAGUAUUAGGAUCACUAGCUUUCAGCCGAAGCAUAGCCUAUAUAAUCUGGAAUUCUGGUUUCCCUGAUAGUUCUCUGACCAAGAUGUUUUUCUAAAUUGUUUUGAAUGAAAACUUUAUUGAAUGAAUGGUGGUAAGGGGCGGGGUUCUUAAAUUUGCGAUAUAAUAUUACGAACGUUGGUAAAAUAAUAGAAGUGUCGCAGAUGUUUUGUCCAGGAUUGCAGGAGCAACUAGAUUAAAAAUUUAGCUAGAAUUAUUAACUUCUGCCUGUUCAUCGAUUUAUAAAUACCCUAACUAUUUUUCAUGUUUUAUAGGUGAAAAUAUGGUUCCAAAACCGACGGGCGAAAGACAAACGAAUUGAGAAAGCACAACUGGAUCAACACUUUCGAAUUUCGGGAUACCCUACCGGGCUUUUGUACCACCGUGCAGCUUAUUAUGGAUUCUGUAAUUCUUCGCCUUAUUAUAAAACACCUACGACUCCUGACUCAGCAACUUUGUCUACGCAGCCAGCAUUGCUAUAAAGAACAAAUAUCACACAAAUAUAAUUUAUUUGAAUGAUGCAAAUACUGUAUACAGGGGGCGUAGGGAUAAAUUAUCCCUCCCACCACCUCAUCUUGCAAAUGCCAUUGCCCCAUCCAAAUUAAACAAUGCCAAAAGGAAAGUGUCUUUAAAUGUACCUUAACACGCUUCGAUUUGUCUUGUACGAUUCGUAUCCUGGCUUGAAAAAUACCGUUGACGCUACAAUCCUUCUUCGUUUCGUUUAUAUUCAACCACUUUCGCGUGCUUAUUCGAUUACAUACGCCAGAAUACGAAUCAUGCACGUACAACACAUCGUUAUAUAACUUAUAUAUAUAUAAACGAUGAACACGUAUUCCACUUGUUUUGAGAUGCGGAGCGUACAUACGAACAAAUAAAACACGUACCUGUCUCGGACAAGAAGAUCUUGUUCGCGUGUAUACUGAUCAUGAACCUUAAAGACAGGUCAUGUCUUUUCUUCGCCUGUGCAAUCUCGUAACCAGAGUCAUCAUCGAUUCGUUGAGCGGCUCUGGUCACGAGAUUGGCGCAUGUAGUUAUGUGAGGACCCUCUGCAUAAUGUAGACAAUAUAUAUACCCAAAUUUCGCGUUGUUUCGACA